AUGGCGACGCCUCAGGCAGUGCCGGUGGCUUCGGUGCUCAGCACGCGCAACGUCCUCGCUCUCGUGGGCGUCUGGGUCGUGUACAAGGUGCUCCAGGCGCUGUACAACAUCUCGCCUUUCCACCCGCUGAGCAAGAUCCCCGGCCCCAAACUCGCAGCGGCAACGUACAUCCCGGAGUUUUGGCACGAUGUGGUGCGCUUUGGGUGUUAUUCCAAGGAGAUUCGGAAGAUGCAUGAGGAAUACGGUGACGAUGUUGCCUUUGCGGAGGAGAUUUAUGCGGUUGGAGGGAGGAAGCGCGACAAGCCUGUUCAUCAGAUCAAUGGGUCUGCUCUCGGUCAAGCAGGCUUCGGCACCCCAGCCCACGAUCUGCACCGCAUCCGCCGCGUGCCCCUCGCGAAGUUCUUUUCCCGCUCCAUGAUCGCCCAGCUCGAGCCCGAAGUCAAAGAGCUCGUGCAGAAACUGUGUUCCAAGCUGCUUGCGCAGUCUGGAGAUAGUAAGCCCUUCGACAUCACAAUGGCGUACAGCUGCUUCACGUCGGAUGCGAUUUCCGCAUAUAGUUUUGGAGAGAGGUUUGGGCUGCUGGAUCAAGAAGGGUGGUAUCCCAACUUCAGGGAAGCGACGACUGCGAUCUUAAAGCCCGUCUUCAUCUUUAGGUUCUUCCCCUGGACCAAGGCGAGUGCGGGCUUGGGCAAGUAUCUAGUUGAUUAUAUGCCGACGGAUAUCAGUUUAUUGGUCAGGACACUGCAGAUUGACAUGCCCGCGCGAGUGCGUCAAGCCAAGGCAGAUUUGGAUGCAGGCAUUACAUACGACCGCCCAACGAUUUUCGGAUCGUUGCUUCGAUCGGAUCUGGAUCUUCUGGACAAGGAGCCGCAGAGAUUGGCGGACGAAGCUGCAGCGGUUGUUGGAGCGGGAACGGAGACGACAAGCUGGGCGCUCAGCGUCAUGACCUAUCAUCUUCUGACUAAACCGGAAAUCCUCGCAAAAUUGACCAAGGAAUUGCAGACGGUUGUCCAGGAUCCACAGCGCCUUCCCAGACUGGACGUCAUUCAGGAGGGUCUACGUCUAUCGUAUGGUGUUUCGAGUCGUACUGCACGCAUUCCGACAGAGGAGAACCUGCUAUACCGUGGAGAAUGGAACAAGAAGUCAAUCGAGUAUGUGAUUCCGCAGGGUUAUGCCAUUGGCAUGUCGACUGUCGUAACACACCACAAUGAGCGGACAUUCCCAGACUCGUAUGCCUUCGCUCCCGAAAGAUGGUUGGACGAGAACAACAACCGUAGGAAAGAGGUAGAGCGUGGUAUGCUUGCCUUCUCCAAAGGCAGCCGGAGCUGUUUGGGUAUGAAGUAA